AUUAAUGGUUUUGAUUAGGUACGGGUGACAUAAAAAACGCGCACGGGUUUCUCUCGGCAAUGAGUUUUAAAAUCGACCGGCUAGCGAAACCGUUCAAUUGAGUUUUAUGGCUAGCACGCUAGCAUUCUACCUCGACAGCUUUUAAGAAGCGUUCUGAUGAUCAUGAUAACGACUUGCCACUUGUUCUGUCAACGUGCGUUUCGUUUGGAUGGACACGAGAAUUACUGACAUGGUGUGAUUUUCACCGAACUGCCUGCUGACAUGAUUGAUUUGGUGUGUGAGUGAAGAUGCCAAGUGGAGACAGAAUCUAAUGGUGUGGAUAGAAUGCGGAAUUCGUACAGAGUUUUCUUUACACCUGAUGAAAGCUGCACAUUUAUGGCGUUUGUGAGUGUUAGUGGAGACUUCUGCCAGGCCCAGCACCUGGUCAUUGUGGACAAGUGAAGAGAGUGGCCUGCCCUAUGAGGACAACACUGCCGCGUCGCCCCGCUAGUACACAGCACUCCAGCGGAGAGGCUGCUUUACCCGCAGUCCCAAGUGUAUGCUGUGGUUCGAGCCAAUCCAGCCAUUAGAAAGCCAUCACUUUGUUUUUAUUUUUUAUUCUCUGAAAACGCCAAUAAAUCACCACACCCUUCUGAAUGGGGUAAUUUGAAAUUUGGAAGUCAGAAGGACAGCCCCCCCUUCUUUUUUUUUUUUUUUUUUUUUGCAUUUUCUUUUUUUUAAAAGAAAUUGAGGGUUAUUGUGAUUUUUUUUUUUUUUUUUAGUUUUAUACAGUCUUUUUCUAUUAUCCUUUAGGCUGACUUGAUCUCUCUCCCUCCCCAUACCGCAACCCAGUUCUUUGGUCCGAUUUUUGAAAGGUAGUCUCCUCAGAAUAGUUUUCUCCCCUCCAAUCUGUCAACAUGAACCGUCCGGCCCCUGUCGAGAUCUCCUACGAGUGCAUGAAGUUCCUCAUCACGCACAACCCUACCAACUCCCAGCUCACCAAGUUCACUGAGGAACUUAAGGCAUUCGGGGUGCAUACACUUGUCCGCGUGUGUGAGGCCACCUAUGAUAAGGCACCAGUGGAGAAGGAGGGCAUUGAAGUUCAGGACUGGCCUUUCGAUGAUGGUUCAUCUCCCCCUGACCAGAUCGUGGAUGACUGGCUUAACCUCCUGAAAUGCAAAUUUAAAGAGGAACCGGGCUGCUGCAUUGCAGUGCACUGUGUUGCAGGAUUAGGGAGAGCUCCUGUUUUAGUGGCCAUAGCCCUGAUUGAGUGUGGAAUGAUGUAUGAGGAUGCGGUCCAGUUUAUACGAGAGAAGAGGCGAGGAGCUUUCAACUCAAAGCAACUACUCUACCUUGAAAAGUACAAACCCAAGAUGCGUCUCCGCUUCAAAGAUGCCAAUGGUCAAAAUUGUUGCGUUCAGUAGGAGACUCUUCUGUGAAUAAGAACAUGAUUAAAAAAAAACAAACAACAAAACAAAAACCUACAAAAAGAAUGUUAGCAUUAAAUUGUAAACUGUAAGCCAGACUGAAAUUGAUCACAGAUAUGAGCAAUGUAUUUACUGAUUGAGAAAAUCCAUGCACAAAGGAAGGCCAAUAUCAAUUUUUGUAACCAGCAUACAGAAUAACCAUGUAUGAAGGAGUCCGCAAUGGACAUUAACGUCAAAUUUGGGCCGAGCGACACCUUUGCAGAUCAAUAAGGGGUGACGGGACAAUAACACACCAAUGUGUGUGUGAGUGUGUGUGUGUUUAUUUUAAAAGUCACAGCCUUCAGUAAGAAGUUAUCGUCUGUACAAGGACAUGCCCAGAAGGGUGUGGAUUUUGGUGUCUAGUAUAUAAACCCAUACCCAUGCUAUAAGUGAUGCAAACAAGUGAUUGUGACGGUUGUGAUCACAUGUCCUUAUUUGGCACAAGAUUCACAUGUGGUUUACAUUUAGGUGCUUCUCUGCAAAUGUAAACAAGUUCCAUACACUGAGCUUAGGUGUGCACAGACACAAAUCACCACACGGGUCAUCACCUCACGUGUAGGAUUCCUACCCGCAGCUGUCUGUUUAAACCUGCUAGUGUUUUUAAUCCUUCCUGUUAGUGAAAGUGUGCAUACAAACAUUCCAGAUAUUGAGAAACCAGCUUGAAAAGAUGGCUGAAAAAUAAACAUGCAAGAAACAUUGUUGAUCGAUCCAAUAGUAAAGGCUCCCACAUUUGAUUUUUAAAUGUUGAAAUAAACUUCCUAUGAUUGCAA